UGGUCUGACAGUUCCUGACCUGUUAGUACUUUGACACAUUCUCUAUUGUGUAUUUUUCUUUUCUGUGUUGUCUGUGCCGAUGUAACUGUUACUAAAUACCUACUACUACCUCAUCUGCCGUGAGCGUACUGUAUUAGGUAGGUAAUUAUUUGCCAGCUGGGCGGUUACGAUAUUAAUUUUUCUAUCCUUAGUGUUUUACAAUUUGGUGCCUGUUAAACUCAAGUUAAUGUUGGAGGCUCCUGUGAAUCCUAGUGCUACGCCGACGUCUUUCGAAGUAAUUAAAGAGUGGAGCGCGCAGAGAGCAGUGGCGACGCGAAGGCAGUGCUAUAUGGCACACCCCGUGUCACACCAUGAAAGUGGACGCCGAUGCGAGGGAAGUGCCCGCCGUCACCGUCGCCCCCGUCGUCACUCCGGGAACGCCGAUCUCUAGUAAUACAGAAUCACCUGUGUCAUCCCUCGACGAUUGCAGAGUGCAAGACAGCGACACUAUACCGACGCCCGACCGGGCUUUACUCGCCAAACUGGAAGAAGAAAAUCGGAGAAUCGAAGCGGACGCAAAAUGCCCGUCCCUCACUACCGUGCACAGUCGCAAGAAUUCCGACACUUCCCAAAUUUCAAUCGCUUCCGCCACAAGCUCCAGUCACGAAGUCGAACCCAGAAUCAGCAGUGGCAGCAAUGGCGAGGAAGAUCUCUGGGUGUUAUGGGGUCGCCUAGUCAGCAACUGGGAAACUGAAUGGAAACGUAGGAACCAGUUUGUGCGUGACAUGGUUCGCCAGGGAGUUCCGCAUCAUUUCAGGGGCAUUGUUUGGCAACUGCUCGCCGGUGUAGACACAUCUCCCGAAAAGAAACUCUACGCUACAUACAUUAAGGCGAAGUCUGCAUGUGAGAAAGUGAUUCGUCGCGACAUAGCACGCACAUAUCCGGAGCAUGACUUUUUCAAGGAGAAAGAUGGUCUCGGUCAAGAAUCGCUGUUCAACGUCAUGAAGGCUUACUCGUUGCACGACCGCGAGGUCGGAUAUUGUCAAGGAUCUGGCUUUAUUGUCGGGCUGCUUCUCAUGCAAAUGCCGGAGGAGGAAGCGUUCGCAGUGCUAGUGAAGAUAAUGCAGCAGCACCGCAUGCGCGAUAUGUUUAAGCCGAGCAUGGCGGAGCUCGGCCUCUGCAUGUUCCAACUAGAGAAUCUGGUGCAGGAACUACUUCCCGAGCUGCACGUCCACUUCCAAUCACAGAGUUUCAGUACGUCUAUAUACGCUAGUAGUUGGUUUCUCACAUUGUUUACGACUACGCUGUCUCUGCCUCUGGCUUGCCGUAUCAUGGAUGUGUUCCUCUCCGAAGGAAUUGAAAUAGUUUUUAAGGUGGCCCUUGCGAUGCUAACUCUGGGCAAAGACGAUUUGCUGUCGCUCGACAUGGAGAACAUACUUAAAUACAUCCAAAAGGAAUUGCCUGCAAAAGCGGAGGCCGAUCAAGACGCAUUCAUGGACUUAGCAUACUCAAUCAAAGUGAACCCCAAGAAAAUGAAGAAACUAGAAAAGGAGUACACUGUGAUUAAAACAAAAGAACAGGGCGAUAUUGCAGUACUCAGGUGUCUACGUCAAGAGAAUCGACUAUUGAAGCAAAGAGUGGAACUACUCGAGAAAGAGAGCUCGUCAUUGGCUGAGAGACUAGUCCGGGGGCAAGUGGAUAGGGCAGAGGGAGAGGAGGAGACUUUCGCUCUUGCUCGCGAGGUGCAGGCUCUGAGGCGGGCCAAUAUGGACGCGCAGCAGAGGCUAGCCGUGGCCCUGGACGAGAUCCGCUCCCUCGAAAUGACUAUAGCAGAAGAUAAUUCGCGGCAAUCGUCCUUGGAAGGCACCGAGGGCGGUAGUAACGCUAAAGGCGAAGAGUUGGCGCGGUGUCUCCAACGAGAAUUAGUUCGGGCGCGAUUACACGCGGCCGAGAGAGAGGCGGCCGAACGAGAGCUGACGGCCAGAAUAUCCGAACUCGAGAACGAGAACAAGAGUCUGCGGCGACAACGGGUCGACAACAACGUGGCACAUUUACAGGAUGAGCUGAUUGCCGUAAAACUGCGCGAGGCUGAAGCUAACCUCUCGCUAAAAGAGUUGCGUGAACGGGUCAAGGAAAUAUCCGAAGCGUGGCAGAGGCACAUUCUAGAACACAAACAGGAGACUCCGGCACCACCCGUUCAGUCUAACGUAGUGUCGGACAUAAUGGCGACCCCGAAGAAACUAUUGAGGGCUUGGGAGGGGCGUUCCACCGAUACGCAGAAACUCGAAGAGGAGCUCAUGACGACCAGAAUAAGGGAGGUCGAAGCCCUUACCGAACUGAAGGAGUUGAGGCUAAAGGUAAUGGAGCUGGAGACACAAGUGCAAGUGUCGACGAAUCAGCUUCGCAGACAAGACGAAGAGGCGCGACAGUUGCGAGAGAAUUUCGACUCCGCUCUACAGCGCGAACGAGCCUUGCAAGCGCGCCAGAAGGAGUUCCAAUACAAAUACGCUGACUUAGAGACCAAGGCUAAAUAUGAAUGGAUGCAAGCCAACAUAAAGAACAUGGAGAAUGCACAAAGAAUAGCAGAGCUUGAAACCCAGGUGUCCGAGUAUAAGCUAAAAAAUGAAGUCAUGGCGACUGAAGGAGAGCUCCGUAGCAACAAUAUGGAUGACUCCGAGAGGGUGCGCGAACUGCAAGAACAGGUCGGCGAAUUGAAGGCUGAGGUUAUGAGGUUAGAGGCGUGGAAAUCGCGCUCACUUGGCCACACAGAGAUGAGCCGCGCCAUCUCCGUCGAGGAGGACUUGGAGGAGGACGACAAACUGAAGCUGAUCCUGCGCCGCGAGUCCUCCGCCUCACUUGACCUGCCCCCGGCCCCGCGCAAGAAUACGUAGCAAACAAGCGACGCGAUCGCCGCGGCGCGCGAAUGCGGUGUCCAAUUACUCACUGACGAAUAUCAGAAUAAACAGGUAAUUAGCUGUCAAUAAGAUCACACUUGAAGAUUUUGCAGACUGUCAGCUGAAUGAAUCAUUACUGACCCCUUUGAUUAUUUAUACGUCUAGAUAGAGCAAUAUAUAUAAACCUCGCAUAGAAAACGGCUCACUUUCGCGCAGUGUGAGCGUGACUCUAAUUUCAGAUCGUAAUAGUAAGCAGUUUAUUUGUGCGUGUGUACCGGCGAGCAUAUCUACCAUAUGCAGUAGAUAGUUUUUGUGCAGUUAAUCUUCGCUAUCUAGGGUGUAUAUAAUCAAAGAUUCACUCAUUGUGCCGUAUGAUUCACGUGGAACGUGCGGGCACUGGAGUCUAUGAAAUCCCUCAUAAACAAAACUGCGGGUGCAUAAUAGGAAAUAAGAUUAUCUUCGAGCAUGGAGUGUUUUUUAUCAUCUUUUAUCUGAUAUGGUUUGAAUACUGUUUUAUUAUUGCCUAACAAAUAAGAAUUUAGUAAAUAGUUGGUCUCAAUUUAACAAAGACACAGUAAUAAGUCAAAUUCCAUAUUAAAAACAUCUUCUGUCCUUUGGAUCCGAUCCUAAAAGUUUAGCUUAACUAUAUGUGGCCAUCAUACGAUGACCGUAUUAUCAUAAUUGAUUUAUGAUGGAAUUACUGUUGAUAUGCACCCGCAAUUUUGACUUACAAUUUUUGUAAUGUUAUUUCAAAAACCUAAUAAUGUAAGUGUAAUAAUUAUAAAAUGUCAAUAUAAAUAAAAAUAUAUUUUUGUUUUCAUAACUUCUUUAAUAUUUAAUUCAGUUAGUAUUAUUUUGUAUUGUCUUAUCGUUUAAACGUCCUUAUAGACAAGUAUGUUUUGUAGUAAAAGAGGUUAUUAAAAGUAAUAUAUUCAUGUAGCUUAAUAGAAUAUACAUGUCGGUUGAACUAAUUUCAUUGUCGAUUCUCCCGGAAUACCUGCUGGAUCUAAAAUAAAUACUUAUGUAUGUAUUUUUAAUAUUAACCUUAGCCUGGUGUGGCGUUUUUUUAGCUUUAAACGCAAAACAAUAUUAAUUUUCCACAAAUGCACAAAAACUACGAAAAAUUUACAUAUUGAUAAUAUUUUUAUCGUCAGAAAUUAAUUUUAUUAUAAUGUAUUUUUUAAAUCAUGACAUUUAUGAUAUUUUUAAUUAUUCAAUAUCAUAAUUUAAAUUUUUAUGCCGCACGACUGAUCACAUCAUAUAAGUUCUAAUAAAUCAAUUUAUGACGUUUUAUAUCUGAUUAGGGCUUGUUUCACAAUAGGUAAAGUUCUAAGUGAGCUACUUCGAACAUAAAAGUACGUUCCGACUACGAUAUUUAUACUAUUACGCUAGAAAGAAUAUCGCGUCUAUCAAUCCCAUACAAUAUAUUAUAGCUUGGUGUGAACGUGUUCUAUGUAAAUGUAUGGAGCGCGAUAUCGUGCUAUGGGUUAUAAGCUAAUGCUAUAUAGUACAGUCUGAACGCACUUUUAUGUUGGAAGUCAGUUAUCGAUUGUGAAAACUUGAUUUCUAAUUUUCCGAAAUAAAUCCAAAUUGUUUAUAAGGAAAUUGUUUAAGAUACCGUCCAAAUAAAUCAAUGGUAGGCCACAUUUGCUUUGUGUUGCAAAAACGGUAAACAAUAUCUUUCUAACGAAUUCUACUGACAUUUCAACUCAGGUUUCAAGUCUUGCUGUAGGUGUUCGUUAUUAUGGUAUAAAGGAAAUCUACUUAAUAAUUAUGUUCCUCUUAAAAAUAUGGAUUCUAUCAAAAUAUCAAUGUUAAGUUAUUGUAAAUGUGUUUUGGAUCGCCUCGGUAAUAGUACCAAGAGAAAUAUAAAAAAAAUCUUUGUUAAUUUGUUUUCUUAUCAAUUGUGCCAGGCCCGUGAGUUAGCUAAACCUAUAACAAUCUAAAACAGCUGUUGACCAUUAAUUAAUUUGUUAGUUGAAAAUAACCACAUUUAUUUUGCUUUUGCCUUUUUACUAAUAACCCUUUUAGUGUGAGGGAGAAAAAGCUGAUCGUCAUGUUUGCAUUAGUCGACAUUGGAACGUUAUUAAAAAUUAGAAUGACUUAGAAUAUCAUUAUUAGCAAUACAAAUUACAAUUUCUUAUUAAAUGUGCUUAGGUUAAAAUAUAGACUAUCACACGUAAAGAUGACAGCUGCAUAGUUUUUAAAACAUAUUUUAGGAAUUGAUGCGCAAAAAGUGAAACUCUUAUUUUAAAGAGUUGUUUUCGUAAUAAUACCAAACAAAGUGAUCUGUGGUUUGGAAUAAGAAUUUGAUACUAUGAGCAAUUAUUGUACCUAUUUACACAUAAUAGUUAUUACUAUUUUAUGUAUAAACUUAUCAAAGAUAAGCUAGAAUAACAUUGAACUAUCACUAAUAUCAGAUCGUUAUGUACUAAUAGCUUACUCAAAACAAUCCCGAAAUAUAUUAGUAUCCUAUUCAAUGCAAAAAAAAACUCUUGAUGCCAACAGCAACCUACAUCGACUUACAGUAGAAAUAAUAAAUUAUGGUUGUAGUUGAAUUAUACAGGUAGUGUUUUAAAAUUUCGUACAUAUAUAUGAUAUAGAAGAUAGAACAAUUCGUAGUAAUUCGGUAUCUUUAUAAUGUUAAAGUAAUAUUAAAUAAAAAAAUUACUAUGGUGUAACCAUAGUGUAAUUGAGAGAAAUGCCAAAUCGAUCAUUACGAUCUCAAAUACCAACAUUUGUUAUUCGCAUUAUAUUCCGAUACCAAUCCCACUAGUCUGCUGUCCAGAUUAAGAUAAUAAAUUUGUAAUCAUCACCACAGAAUAUUAAGAGUUAAACUUAGGGCUAAAAGUUGAUUAUAAAAUCUUUCUUCCAAAUAGAAUAAUUCCCGUUUUCGACAUCAAUGCCCAAUUUAUAUGUAACCUCUGAGCAAAAUUAUGAUAGAGUGCCGAUUUUUGAUAAUCUUUAAGUGACAGUAGGAUAUAAUAAGAGGAGGUAUAAUAUUCCACCUAUAAUAUAAAAAAAGAACAGUAGAAUCACCGUGGCGUGGGUUGUUAAGUAGUUGCUACUUUGUCCACGUUCCUUUUUUUGGCCGUCCUCAAUACAUAUUUUAAAUAUUUAUACUGUUUUGCAAUACAAAAGAUCGUACGUAGAAGGGAAAAUAAAUGUAGAACCCUAGGGUUGUGAAAAUUAACUAAGGUAGAGGGACAGUUUUAAUCACCUAGCUUAACGUAGACCUGUUUGUGAAUGGUUUAGGUAUUGAUGUUAAAAACUUAAAAUCGUAUUAUGAACCCCGCCAUAGAGUAAGCAAUCAUCAUUUCGCUGCUAUUGUUCAUUAAUUUUAAUAUUAUUUACUUCCAAAUUCUUGUUCGCAAAAAUUAGCGUUUGACCAAUAAUACUGGUCAAUUGCUUUCCGCUAUUUAUAUAAGCACCUGUGUGCAUGCCGCACAUAUAAUUUGCUACUGUCUUACAUGAAAUAACAAAAUGGAGUUAUUUUUAUAAAGUAAACAACAUGAUGAAUCAUAAAUAAACUUAAGGAUAAACUUGAGAAAAAAUUAAAGACUUCUUGGUCUUCAUAGCUGCAAACCACUGAAAUUAUUGUUAUAUGAACGUGUACAUUCCAUUUAUUAUAUUACUUAUUUAUUAAAAUAUUCUUCAGACGCGCUUGUGUUGCGGGUUUUUUUAUUAUACUCCAAACGAUCACUUGAAGUCUAUAAUAUAAAGUGAUUUUAAAAACAAUUCAAAAUAUUUGGUUGGUUUAAUAGAAAUUGUUGACCACGAUUCUUAUUUUAUUCUUUUAUUUCUAGAUGUUUAUUAAUGUUUGUGCUCGAGCUCGAAUGAAUUGACUAUAUAAUUAAUGUGUAUGUACUUAUUAAAUAUAAUGAUUUUAUUAGCACUAAGUUUGAAUAAAAUUAAAGUUUAUGUAUUUGAAUACUCAUUUCGGUGAAAAAAAUGAUAUCUUGAAAAACUGACUAGCCAAAAACUUUCUAUAAUUCUAUCUUUACUAUGCUCGCUCUUUUCCACACAAAACACUAUCAUGCGUGAAAGACUUAGAGCAACACGACCGACGACCAGGCCACGAUAGCCGUGCUGCACUAUGGUGAAAAAGCAUUCGUUCGUGUAAAGGUAAUGUAUUCUUCUGUGUAAGUGGAUGAUUUCUGCCACGAGUUGAGAAAAUUAUUUUCAUUUUUCAUAUUUUGCGUUUGAUCAUAUUAAGUAAUGGUUUUUACAGGCCGGAUUUUAUUUUUAUUUUCCGGCUGUGAAAACCAACUUGGAGGGCUACACAGACCAGGGAAUUAACGAAUAUGUCAGUUCAGAAUAAUGGCAGUUAAUGGAUUUUAAUAAGCUGUAACAGAUGCAAGUAUGUAUAUUAAAUUCUUGUUUAAUUUGUUCUUAGGUUAUUCAACUUUUAUAAAAAUGUUAUUUAUUUUCUAAGCCGUUGUACCUACAUAUUGGGACGCCGCCCAAGGGUCAUGAGCAUACACAAAGUAAACAACGACUUAUAAAAAUUGCCUGCACAGAGGUAAUAAAAAAAAUAUUGCCUGGUUGUUUUAGCUAAAUGAUAAUAGAUACCUAGGUUAAAGUAACUGCUGCUUAGUACCUAAAUAAGCUUACGAUAGCCCCAUCUUUCAAUGGGGAUAUGAUAUUAAGAGCAAAUGUUAAUGGAUUAUUAUUUGCAACUGGUUUGGUAUAAACAAUAUUUUUCUAUUGUUCUUGACAAUUCGCUCUGCAGCUUUAUAAUUUUAUUCAUCAUCAUUUUUAUGUCCAUAAAAGUAUUAGCGUUAUAGGUUUCCUACUUCGUGAUUUAAUGAAGUACUCCAGAUUUUAUUUUUUAAUUUGUUGGUGAGAAGUAUGAAAUGUCUAUAUCAUUUAAAUCAAUAUUAUGCUGAGAAAAGCAAAUUUAUGUCUGCGUUACCUACAUGCUAACUACUUUAUAGUAAAUAAAAAUGUGCAAUAGCAAAGUGUCACCUUUAAGAAAAAAUGUAAUGAAUUAUUGUUUAUUUUAUUUACAUAUAAUUUGUAGAAUUUUUAUACUUUAAUAUACUUGUAAAUCAGAAUCACUACAUUCAUAGUCAACCAGUACGCAAUAUGAUGGAGGGACUAUAGUUAGGUGGUAUGUUAUUUUUUAAGUUCAAGUGUUGUUUGAUCACUUUAAAUUGAAUUCAUAAAUAAUUUCAUAGCUUUCUCCACAUUUUUCUGAAUUAUAUAUUUAAAAAUUUUAAACGAGACUCGAUAACAUUUAUUGAUCUUUUAAUUUUUCAUUCUGCCGUCGUGAUUCUUCCACUAACUAAAUUCAUUAAAAUACAGUAAUUGAGAUCGGAUCUGCAAAAUUUGCGGAAAGGAAAGACAUGUGUCAGUGAUUUUUUGUAUUUUCUUAUCGUGUAUUUAUUGGUAUUAUUAGUAAAACCUGUAACGUCAUGUAUUUUAGUAAAUAAAACUACUCUGUUUA